CAUGAGGUUGAAGGACCUGGCUGCAUAGUGCAGAGACAGGCUUGUGUCAAAGAACAGAUCUGGGGAAGGCUACCAAAAUGUAUGCUACAUUGAGAGAGCCAGACAGACAGUGUGAUUUCCUAAUGGAUUCAGCUCUAAUUCUAUUCGUGUGCAGUUGGCAGUUCGGAUUGUCACAGGGCAAAGAUCUGAUCUUACAAAGACAGUUCUUUGUUUCCAUUCAGACAACAGCUCUGAUGAACUGACUGUAUGUUGAGACAAGAAGUAUUUUAAGUGUUUGAGGAAAAAUGAAACUUCAAUUUAGAAACUACUUGAAACAAAUUGAUUCGCUGGAAUAUUCUCAUCACGUUUUUAGGACUCAGGUUACAGCCUGAAAUUACUUAAUAACGAGUGAACACACGCAUCCUGAAGUAUCCUACUAGUAAGUAACUAGUAACAAUAACUGUCAGGUAAAUGUAAUAGCUGUGGAAGAAGUACUCAAGACCCUUCACUUCAGCAAAAGUACCAGUACAACAAUGGUCAGAUAAAGCUCAUAGGAACACUCCUGCGGUGACUGCGGGUUUCAGUCGGAACUGUUUGAACGGGACACCGCAGUGACAACACUGAAGCAGCCGUUGUAGCUGAAGCUUCUCGAGGAAGAUGAGCACCAAACAGGUGACCUGCAGGUACUUCCUCCACGGUGUGUGCAGAGAGGGCAGCCGCUGUCUGUUCUCUCACGACCUGAACAACAGUAAACCAUCCACCAUCUGCAAGUUCUACCAGAGAGGAACGUGUGCUUACGGAGAACGCUGCAGGUACGACCACAUCAAACCACCAUUCAGAGGAGGAGGAGGAGGAGGAGGAGGAGGAGCUUCAGAGGAUCAGGCAGGUGGAGGAGGAGCUGGGGGCGGGGCUUCAGUCAGAGGUGGAGUGAAGAAGAACCUGGUCCUGAGAGAAAGAGUUCUGGGUGUAGACAGGAUGUUCGGGGGUCCAGCAGACAGUUUGUGGUCAGGGGUCACAGCAGCAGCUCCUCAGUCAUAUGUGGACGCCAUCAGGACAGGCCUGGACACUUCGGCGCAGGAACAAGCCACUCCCCAAGUGGGCGGGGCUUCCCAGGACCUCCCCCAGCUGUGUCCCUACGCUGCCGCUGGACACUGUUACUAUGAAGACAACUGUACGUAUCUCCAUGGCGACCUGUGUGAGGUGUGCGGGCUGCGGGUGCUCCACCCCCACGAUCCCGAGCAGAGGAGAGCGCAUGAGAAGAUGUGUCUGCUCGCCUUUGAGGCCGACAUGGAGAAGGCGUUUGCAGCCCAGCUCAGCCAGGACAAGGUGUGUUCCAUCUGUAUGGAGGUGGUGGUGCAGAAGGCAAACCCGUCGGACCGCAGGUUCGGCAUUCUGUCCUCCUGCUGUCACACCUUCUGUCUGGCCUGCAUCCGAAAGUGGCGCUGCACCAGAAACUUCAGCAACAUGAUCAUUAAGUCAUGUCCGGAGUGUCGUGUCAUCUCAGAGUUUGUCAUCCCCUCAGUUUACUGGGUGGAGGACCAGGACGACAAGGACCACCUCAUAGACCUCUUCAAGUCGGGAGUCAGUAAGAAGGCCUGUAAGUACUUCGAUCAGGGUCGUGGUUCGUGCCCGUUUGGAGGGAAGUGUUUGUAUCUUCACGCUUUCCCAGACGGAACCCGAGCGGAACCCGACCAGCCACGGAAACAGCUGAGCUCCGAAGGGAACGUCCGGUUCAUGAACAGCGUCCGUCUGUGGGACUUCAUUGAGGAGCGCGAGCAGCGAACGGUGCCGCCCCUGCCGUCCCUUGAUGAUGACAUCACAGAGCUGAGGGAGCUCUUCAUGCAGAUGUCGGGUCCGAGCCACGACGGACCGGAGACCCAGCCCACUGCAGACCAGUAGAGAGCGGACCCGAGCCAGUCCUCUGGUCUUCACAUCAACCGGUGGGAAAUCCGACCGCUGGGGGUUUUGAGAUGCAACGGCAAUGCCAUGUUUGUGGAUUAAUUAAAAUACCGAAUCAUGUGAUCACGCUGCAGCUGUGUUGUGUUUCAGUCUGAUCACAUGCCCACAUGUUGGGUAAUUGAUUAUUGAUAUAUUAUAGAUAUUUUAUUUAUGGUAUAAAUAAGUAAAUACAGAGAAAGUGUGAAGUCAUCUGGUGGUGUUGUGAUGAAUUCAUCCAAUUUUUCCUUUUGAUAAUGUUACACAAUUGGUCAGCUGGCCGAGAGUUGGGGUUUCCCCAUUGGCUAUGGCUCUUUAUGAAAUGAAUUGGUGCAAACAGUUCUAUUGCAUCACCGGGGGGCGUUUAGAGGCAAUGUUGCCCACUUUGCGCCUUUGUCGCCAGAUUUACCGUUUUGUUUUUGUUUUGUUUUUUUCCAAAAAAGCCCUUUAGAAAGCCUUCUACAGUGCGCGGUGUUCUUCUGAGAAACUCUUCAUGUGCGUUCCUACAAUAGAAAGUAAGGACAAGUGGAUCCCUACUCAGGAGGAGCGUUCCGGUUCCUGUUGAUACCUUAAGAUCCUUAUGUUUUUCAAUGAGAACUGUAACGUAUCAACCAGUAAAUGUUUUUUCAAUAAGUUUGAAAUCGAAUAAAAUUCAUGGCCUACUAAAACUUUACAUCCAAUAUGUUUUUACUAACAAACAAACAAACAGCACCACAGCAGAGUGCGGUGUCGUCGCCAAGGCUUAUUUUCCAAAGCACUGAGUACGCCUAUCACUCCCACAUGACUGACUGAGCUGGGGUGUCGCCGGCCUCGGUUCCCCGGCAGCGUGUGUCCAUACAUACUAUAGCUGAAGCAGCGUUGGCAGCUGUGACGCUCCUGUGGUCGCGCUCUCUCUCUUAAAGGAAAUUAUCGCCAAUGUUCUACCUAGCUUAGACGUCACCACUUUAUUUCCAUAAAACUUGAAAGUAGGGGGACAAAAAAUCUCAUUGACACCCCCCCUGAAAUUCUAGUGCCAGUGGUAGGUAUCACCACCUCCUGCGCUAGCUCUGGGAUCAUCCUCCACCACAGAGGUGACGUUCCCCAGAUGUGAGGUACAUCACCUCUGUCAAAGGUCAGUUAAGUAAAUGUCAACAGAACAGUCAUGUUCCUCUGCUAAAGACUUUAUGUAGCAUUGCCGUAAUGUUGUCAGAUAAAAGACUAGCUAAAUAUUCUCUCAUGCACUGCAUUUGAUGUGAAACAAAUACUCUAAUACAUGACCUAAAAAUACAACCUGGUUGAUGUUCCAUGAAGUGCAGGUGGUGUUAGUCUGUUGGAGAAGCUAAUAUGUAUGUUAGCCCUGUAAAACCAUGUGAACCAGACUGUUCUCCUUUGGAAUCAAACUGAAAACAUAAACCUUUCUUGCUUUGUU